UUCAAAUGGUCACAAAUCACCAUUCAUCACUCAAAUCUAUCACUAGAUCUUCUCACCAAUUUCUUACAAAAAAGAUAAAAGUUCUUCCCAAACUCAGAUUUUUCUCAAUCAAUUCUCAGAUUUUCUCUGUGCACUAGAUGGAGGAGAAGAACACUACCGGCAUGAGUUAUAUGGAUCCAAAGCUAUUCAUACUCAAUGAAUUAGCUCAAGCUAAAGAGCUACUAAGACAGUUAGAAACUGAUCUCCAUACUGCUAGUUCCACUAAUGGAAGCAAGUUGUUAAUCCCUCAAAUAUUAUCGUACUUCGAAAACUCUCUUUCCAUGUUGAACGGGAGCAAGUCAGAAUCCGGCAACAAUCAAUCUCAGAUGACGGCAUCGGAGACGGACAGCACCCCUACCGAUUCACCUCGUUCCGUUAACAGAAGUUCUCGGAGCGAUUCCGAAUCCGAUCUCAUGGAACCUCCCUCCAAGAAGCGGAAAACAGUAGCAAGAUGGACGGAACAAGUGCGUGUUUGCGAGCAGACAGGGCUUGAAGGUCCUCUAGAUGACGGGUAUAGUUGGAGGAAAUAUGGACAGAAAGACAUUCUCGGAGCUGCAUAUCCGAGAGGCUAUUAUAGAUGUACUCAUAGAGCUUCUCACGGUUGUUUAGCAAUGAAACAAGUUCAACGUUCCGACGAAGAUUCAUCCAUCUUUAAUGUUACGUAUCGAGUUAGACAUACUUGUGUUCAAGCACCACACUUGCUACCACGGCAAUCACAAAACAAAGCUGGUCUAGAACAUCAAAAGCCAACAAAAUCAUCACAAGAAACAAUUAUCAAUUUUCAAACAGGUUGUCUUGGUGAAACGCCGGCAAAAGUAGUACUAAAAUCACCUUCAUUUUCAUUUCCUUCGAUUCCAGUACCAAGAUCGCCUUCAUUCUCAUUUCCGUCGGCUUCGAUACCAAUUCCAUGUGAUGAACAAAAAGAAAAUUACAACAACAUUUUUAAUUCAUUGACACCUGAUAAUCACUUCGUGGGUAGCCCUUUUUCGUCUCCGUCAAAUUCAGGAUCCAAUUCCGUCUGUUCUAAUCAUGGAGUGAACAACUUGGAAGAUGGACAGGAUUUACAAACUUCGGAUUACGAUCUUUCUGAAUUCACUUCAGCAUUUGAUUCUCCAGAUCUUUACUUGGAUUUUGAUUUUCUUGAUUCUAAUUUUCGGUUUGAUAUGUAGUAUUUUUGUUCCUCUUUAGUUUUGUUCAAUUAAUUAGCUACUUGUAUGAUUGUUGAAGUAAAAUUUUCCACCCAAAAAAAAAGGUAAAAAAAAAUGUAAAGAAUUUCUUACAUUGGUUUAACUUUCAAAUUGAAAUACUAAUUGAUACAA